AUGCUCCGGUCACAAUCCGCCCGCGGCGCUGUCCGCGCUUUAAGACGACAGACAAGUUGUAAUAUACAGUCCUUCUCCUCUUCACCCGCCUCCGCAGGAAUUGCUUUGGCGAGGAAGGGACCAGCAGCAAUUCGGACACAGGCCACGGCUGCAACAGCCACCUCGGUAUCAAGCCAAGAAAGAGAGCGUCCUAGUCCCGCCUUCAAUGCCUCAACGCCUAAAGAUGAGAACCCUUUACAGCAUGCUAAACGACCGGAAAUGGACGAGUCCUUUAUUGGGAAGACAGGAGGAGAGAUAUUCCAUGAGAUGAUGCUUAGACAGGGGGUCAAACAUAUUUUUGGCUAUCCCGGUGGCGCGAUCCUUCCCGUAUUCGAUGCCAUCUACAACUCCAAACACUUCGAAUUCAUCCUCCCCAAGCAUGAACAAGGCGCUGGCCAUAUGGCAGAGGGUUAUGCGAGGGUAUCUGGCAAACCAGGAGUUGUCCUGGUAACCUCAGGCCCCGGUGCGACUAAUGUUAUCACGCCAAUGCAGGAUGCUUUCUCCGAUGGAACUCCAAUGGUUGUUUUCUGCGGUCAGGUAGUAACAACGGCAAUUGGCAGCGAUGCUUUCCAAGAAGCCGAUGUCAUCGGCAUCUCAAGAGCCUGCACGAAAUGGAACGUGAUGGUCAAAAAUGUGGCCGAGCUGCCCAGACGUAUCGCGGAGGCUUUUGAGAUCGCCACCUCCGGACGACCUGGACCUGUUUUGGUGGAUCUGCCAAAGGAUGUGACAGCAGCGAUCUGCAGAAAGGCCAUUCCCAUAAGUAGCAGCCUUCCUGCUCUCCCCAGUCAAGCCUCAAAAGUAGCACUCGAGCAUAGCCGAAAACAGCUUGCCGUCUCCAUCCAACGUGUGGCUAAGUUGGUCAAUAUGGCCAAGAAGCCCGUUAUAUAUGCUGGCCAAGGUGUUAUUGCACACCCCGAAGGCCCUAGGCUCCUCAAAGAGUUAACUGAUAAGGCGUCCAUCCCUGUCACGACAACCCUCAUGGGUCUGGGCGGGUUCGAUGAGCUGGAUGAGAAGGCUCUCCACAUGCUUGGUAUGCACGGCUCAGCCUAUGCCAACCUAGCCAUGCAAGAGGCAGACCUCAUCAUCGCUCUUGGGGCUCGUUUUGAUGAUCGUGUAACUGGAUCUAUACCAAAAUUCGCACCAGCGGCGAAGGCCGCCGCGGCGGAAGGGCGAGGUGGUAUUGUCCAUUUCGAGAUCAUGCCAAAGAAUAUCAACAAGGUUAUUCAAGCUACUGAGGCUGUCGAAGGCGAUGUUGCGGCGAAUCUUGGUAUUCUCCUACCUCAGGUUGAGAAGAGAAGCAUGGAAGACCGCAAAGAAUGGUUCGAUCAAAUCAAAUACUGGAAAAAGAAGUUUCCUCUCUCACACUACGAAAAGGCCGAUCGAACUGGUCUGAUCAAGCCCCAAACUCUCAUUGAAGAGCUUUCAAAUCUUACCGCCCAUCGAAAACAAGACACCAUUAUUGCAACUGGUGUCGGUCAACAUCAAAUGUGGACGGCGCAGCAUUUCCGCUGGCGUGCUCCAAGAACCAUGGUUACUUCUGGCGGCCUUGGAACAAUGGGUUAUGGCCUCCCAGCAGCCAUUGGUGCUAAGGUUGCUCGGCCUGAUGCCCUUGUUAUCGACAUCGACGGUGAUGCUUCCUUCAACAUGACUCUGACCGAGUUAUCGACUGCCAAACAGUUCAAUAUCGGUGUGAAGGUCAUUGUCCUAAACAACGAAGAACAAGGCAUGGUUACUCAAUGGCAAAACAUCUUCUACGAAGAUCGAUAUGCCCACACCCACUCCGAAAACCCAAACUUCAUGAAGUUAGCAGAUGCGAUGGGUAUCCAAGCCAGGAGAUGUACCAAGCCAGAUGAUGUCCGGGAUGCCCUGAAAUGGUUAAUCGAGAGCGAUGGGCCUGCAUUCUUAGAGGUAGUUACCGACAAAAAGGUGCCGGUGUUGCCUAUGGUGCCAGGUGGGAGUGCUUUGCAUGAGUUCUUGUUUUGGGACGGAGUCAAAGACAAGGAACGCCGAAAAAUCAUGCAGGAGAGAACAGGUGGUAAGCACGGUAAAUAA